AUGGGUACAGCCCUGACAGACCUGCCUCCCGAGACCCUUCUGCACAUAUUCUCAUACCUUGACCUCCCCGAAUUAGCAGCGUUGAGCGCCGCCUCCUCACUCUUCCAAGCCCUCACAGCAGACCCACUACUACAUCGUACUCGUCUACGCGUCGUAGCGCCAUCUCGUGUUGACCACGCUCUGUUCGCGUCCGAUGCGCUCGGUACGCCUUUGAGGCCCACAGUCCUCGAUCUGGUACAGCGAGGCGUAUUUCGGGGUCUCAACCUCGACAGAGUCGUACGGCUCGGGCUCUACCUAUACUCUCCAGUUGCAGCUCGCACCUACAAUAACGCCGUUCGCCUGCAACGCCGCCAUGUUGCAGACAUCCUAGCCAACUCCCUCCGCGCCCGCCCGCAUGCCCCAGAACGGCAACGCGCCCUCCUGGCUAUCGACCCGGAGUCGGCGCGUCUAACUGUCGCGAGAUCCCUACUUCCCACGGUGCGCGACCUCAAAUGGUCUUUACGCCGCGAUGCGCUCGCACGCGCCAUUCGCGCCCGCUCAUCUGCCCAAUCUGGCGAAAAGCGCGGCAAUCAAACGGUGACGACGGAGGGCGGGGUGGCACGCGCACUGGUUCCGGCGAUCCGCGCGUUGCAGUGGCGUUUGCGGUGCGAUCAUCUCGCGCGCAUGGUCCGCGGGAAAGACGACCUCCCGAUGUGGCUCGCUGCACGCGCGGCUGUUGUGGGCGAGAACUCCGAACGUUAUCGGCUUGCUGUGUGCCCCAGCGUGAAGAAGAUCGUGGCGAGUUACGAACGGAUGACCGUGUCUAUAACAUCUACCGCCUAG